AUGAUUUCUUUGACAAUAUAUACCAUAAUUAUGUUACCCGUUUCCUCGUCUUUAAAUAUCACACUAGGGCUCUUGGCACCAAUCACGGGACCAAAGGUGUUUGGAAAGGAGAUUUUCCAUCUGCUUGAAGACACGUUUCUCAUGAUCAAAACUGAUUCCAGAUUUCCUGAAAUUCAAGGACAUGACGUGAAUUUUACAUAUAAAUUUCGGGACACCCGUUGUGAUAUUGGACAAGGGCUUUAUGAACUAGUGUCAAUUAUGGACUUUCAGGCUGGAGAUGGAACAGAAAUUGAUGCUUUCAUUGGCCCUGUGUGUGACGAAGUUUGUGAAGCUGCUGGUCAUCUAGCGAAAAAAUGGAAUAUCCCAAUGGUCAGCUUUGGUUGUGCGGAGAUGCUGUUGUCCAAUAACCUGCUGUUUCCUACUUUAACACGAGUCUCUACGCCAUAUAUGGAAAUGGAAAAAUUCAUUGAAGACACAAUAAAACAUUUUGGAUGGAAUCGCCUCAUCAUCGCUGAAGGAGCUGAAAAUGUCUGGCGGGAAACAGCGGAACAUAUAGAUGUAUAUCUUGAACAGCAAGGAUUUGACGUUAACAUAUUAUCCGUGUACAACGAUCCAAUCUACCUUAAACACCAUCUGAAAACCGAAGCACACACAACAAGGGUGUUCCUGAUAUACGCUUACCCACGUGAUAUCAUAGGAAUUAUGUGUGCUGCGAAUGACCUAGGCUUACUGAAUGGGGAGUAUGCGUUUUUGACCAUCGACUUUGGUCUGGCCUUUCACGAGUCUGAUAUGAUUUGCCACCACAACGUUACUGAUGGAAUUCUGGAAUUUGCUUUUGAUAUAAAGUCUGCGGUGAAUACUUUGAUUCAUGCAGACCACGGAAACAACACAGAACUGAAAUCCAGAGCGGAACACUUUAAAAAUGGAAUCGGACUACAUCUUCUCUCGGAUGCAUUGUACCUGUAUGCUACGUCCUUGGAAAAUGUUCUGGUACAAGGAUACACCCCAAAAAAUAGUUCACUGAUAGUCCAAAACAUGCAAAACGUGACAAUAACAACACCUUAUGGGAGCUUUACAACUGAUCAGAAUGGUACACGAAAAACAACUUUUGCACUGUUCAACAUUUACCACGAAGAUUUCACUGAAAUUGGAUCAUUUGACGGGAAGAAAAGCAUCUUCCCUACCAAUAGUACGAUCCGCUGGCCAGGAGGAAGCACGCAUGCACCUUUGGGGAGACCGUUAUGUGGAUGGAAGGGCGAAUCUUGUGUGGAGAUUAAUUCCAAUACAUAUGUUAUUGCCUCCAUAUCCACCAUGUCAGCGCUGCUUGUCCUGCUCUUGUUGGCAUCGAUGAUCAUAUUCUUCCAUAUACGAAAAAAAAGGUUGCUAAAAGAAGAAAUGGAAAAUAUGCAGUGGAAAAUACCUUUUUCCGAUCUGGACACCAGUGCAGGCAAACUAUUUCAUAGUGUGUGUAGUAAGUCCUCCUUCUUGAAUGACACGAGAACUACUCGAUCACGGUCUGUAAGUGGGAAGACUGAUACAUCUGCCAUCGCCUUCCAGAUAUUUACCAAAACUGCCAACUACCAGGGCUCCAUAGUCGCCAUUAAAUUCGUGAACAAAGCUUUUAUAGCAAUCACUCCACCCAUUAUUCAAGAGAUUAAUCAGAUCCGUGGAUUAAAACACAACAAUGUGUUUACUUUAGUUGGAGCGUGUGUGGACCCUAUGAAUGUGUACAUUGUUGGUACUUACUACAGUAAAGGGAGCUUACUGGAUGUUCUGUCCAAUGCUAACAUAAAACUAGACAACAUUUUCAAACUUUCCUUUGCUUCAGAUAUUGCGAAAGGAAUGGCGUACAUUCAUGAUUCUGUAAUUGAAUCCCAUGGUAAACUACGGUCUAGCAAUAUCUAUAUUGACUCUCGAUGGAUGUGCAAAAUAGGGGAUUUUCCAAUGCCAAAGUUCUGCGAUGGAGCAAAAAUCUGCGAUGACGAGAAAAAUUCAGAAAGUUUUAAAUUUCUUUGGUUGGCUCCAGAACUUCUUAGACUAGUGUGCAUACCACCGAAAGGAACUCAGAAAGCAGAUGUUUACGCGUUUGCUAUCAUUCUACAAGAAAUUAUUCUCCGCUCUAUUCCUUAUGAAAAUGAAACCAUGGAACCACAUGAGAUUUUACGGCGUGUACGAGCUUCCGAGUCACCUCCCUUUCGACCCAAAGUCUCUGUAAACACAGCAGACCGGAAAAUAUUGGAGUUGAUGAAGAUGUGCUGGGAGGAAAUCCCCAUGUUCCGUCCCAACUUUUCUACCAUUGUAUCUGUUUUAAAACAGGCAAAUAAUGGAAGAACAACCAAUCUGGUAGACCAGAUGGUCCAUAUGAUGGAAAAGUAUGCUGAUCACUUAGAGGAUUUGGUGGGAGAGCGCACGCGCCAGUUGGAGGAGGAACAGAAAAAGACAGAUGAACUUCUACAUCGAAUGCUGCCUCCAAGUAUAGCUCAUGAUUUAAAGUAUGGAAACCCUAUCCGUCCUGAGAGUGUAGAAUGUGUCACCAUAUUCUUCAGUGACAUAGUACAGUUCACGAAGCUAGCGUCAGAGAGCACUGCGAUAGAGAUCGUGAAUUUCCUGAAUGACUUGUACACAUGUUUCGACAAUAUCAUUGAAAACUAUGAUGUCUAUAAGGUAGAAACAAUUGGUGACGCAUACAUGGUGGUUAGCGGACUUCCUGUCCAAAACGGUUUACGCCAUGCUAGUGAAAUAGCAACGAUGGCCUUAGACCUCCUUAGUAGCGUGACAACGUUUCAGAUUCGGCAUCGUCCGGAUCUACAGAUUCAGCUUAGAAUAGGAAUACAUAGUGGCCCGGUGUGUGCAGGAGUGGUAGGACUAAAGAUGCCACGGUAUUGUUUAUUUGGAGACACUGUUAACCACGCCUCUAGAAUGGAGUCCUCGGGAUUAGCUCUCCGUAUCCACGUGAGCCAACCAUGCCACGCAAUUUUGGAAAAGAUAGGGGGAUUCCAUCUGACUUACCGUGGCCAGGUUGCAAUGAAGGGUAUAGGGACGGUACCCACGUAUUUUCUGACGGGAAGAGACGGGUUUGAUGUACAUCUGCCUUCUUUGGAGAUAGCGGCAGCAUUAGAGGACCACGAAUUUAAAUAGCUAACUAUUUUGCUCUGAUCAACCGUAUUCAGAAAUGGAGAGCAACGAAUUUGAUAUCCAUGCCAAAAUCCAGCUUCGUGUAAACGAAAAGGUGUAAACGUCCACUAUAGCUGUGUGUGUCUACUCUGGUUAUAUGAACUCUUACAGAAUUCCAGGGAAGAACACUUUCAAAAAUUGUUUCCGUGUUAUGUAACUGUUAGAUGCCCAUUCAAGAUUGCAUUAAAGGUACUCAAUAAAUCUGGAAUGCAUGAUGGGACAGUGGUUGAUAUUGCUGUAAAAUUGUAGAGGACUUAUCUUAACUAUUUCUACAUUCUGGACUUUAUGUUGAUGUAUUCAGUUAUUUAUUUUUAAAUUAUUCCUUCAUUGUUAUUAUCAUUUUGUUCAAUAAACACAAAGUGUAUGCCUUUUUACUGCUGUGACUGUAAUUAUUAUAAUUCUGUAUUUACAAUGUGCAAUAUCACAUCACUGUAAAUGUGUGAUUUCAUUUAUAAUAACAUGCCUAACAAAAAAAUGUCACAGUUCCUUAAAGAGUUUAUUAAAUUUCAUCAAAG